UCAGGCGCGGGAGACUGGCGGGGAAGGGGUUGGCUCCCCACGGGCAGGGAUGGGUUGGAGGUUGGGCUGCGGCGUUGCCAGGAGACGGUCCUGUGUGACCCCAGCUUCGCAGGGGGCGGCUCGGUGUCAUCGCCACCGGCCUCGGGGAUCUGCCUCACGGAAGUGGCUCGCGCGUCCAAGAGGGGAGGCCUGGUGUGGGGACGCUCAGGUGGCGGCGUGGGGCCCCCUCGGAGGCUGUGAAUCUUUUGGACCCCGGAAUGUAAAUGGGAGAUGGUAGAGUCCGCUCCGAGGGCGAGAGGUGUUUGGCUGAGGAAAGUUGACCCAAACCAGGUCCCGUACAGGAACGGAGACUCCCUAGGACCGUGAGAGCCGGCUUCAUAAUUAAUUCCCUUCCUCUUCAAACCUGAGAGCAGGAUGUUGCUCCGUUACCUUUCAUUCGUGUGCAGGAAAGAGUUAAGUAAAUCAAUAAAGAAGGUAUCAGCAAGUGAGAAAUGCCCCCUCAAAGACCGGAUGAGGUGACAGAAGAAGGGGGAGGGCCCCUCGAAAUCGGAUGACAACGGCAACACGACAAGAAGUCCUUGGCCUCUACCGCAGCAUUUUCAGGCUUGCGAGGAAAUGGCAGGCGACAUCAGGACAGAUGGAAGACACCAUCAAAGAAAAACAGUACAUACUAAAUGAAGCCAGAACGCUGUUCCGGAAAAACAAAAAUCUCACAGACACAGACCUAAUUAAACAGUGUAUAGAUGAAUGCACAGCCAGGAUUGAAAUUGGACUGCAUUACAAGAUUCCUUAUCCAAGGCCAAUUCAUCUGCCUCCAAUGGGCCUUACCCCACUCCGAGGCCGAGGACUUCGAAGCCAAGAGAAACUGAGGAAACUUUCCAAACCAGUAUAUCUCAGAUCUCAUGAUGAAGUUUCCUAAUCUAGAGGAAAGUUUAUUUCUGCAAAUGAUGAGCCAACUCGUUCUUGAAUGUAAACCAGAUGGCAAAACACUUCUUGAUUAGGGGCAAAAAUUCGAAUGUCUUCUUAAAACCUCCACAACUGAUUCUCACCCAUGAUGUGCACUUCGAUAUCCCUAGAGUUUCUCAGCGUCUUUCUUCCUGAGUGGAUGGCAUUAUCGGUAGAGGUCGUGGGCCUUACAUCCUCACUGCAGUCACCUUUGGAAACAAGACUAAGGGCUGUAGGAGGGAGGUGGAAGGGUGCAAGAGCUGUUGAUGGGAAUUCCAUUCACCACACAUGCCAGCUGAUGCAAAGAAAUUUGCCAGUCACUGGAAGUUACUGUGGCUACUGUAAAACUAUGUACCACUCUCAGAAUAUUCUUAGGCUUUUUAUUUUUUUUAAGCUAUAGAUUUUCUUAAAAGUGAGGUUUGUUGUGUGUGUGCGCUUUUUUGUUGUCUUUUGACCCUUCCAGUUUCCAGAUAAACUUAUCUUAAAAAGUUUGGUUUUUCAUGGAAAUUUUAUGAGAUUUCUGCCUUAACUAAAUGCAUAUAUUCCUUAUCUUAAAGCCUGUCACUACUUAGGAUGCAUGUAUAGGAUCUGAAAAGCUCACUUUAAACUCAUACUGCAUUCUUUACGAGUAUUUUACAUUAACAUAACUGAAAAGUACAAGGCCCAGGCUGGCUUUCAAAUUAUGUUUAAACAGAAAUGGGACAAAUAGACUUGAAAAUAGAACGGAUUUAUUCUACGCCUGCAAGGGUACACUCAGGUGAGAGUCCCUUGGUAAGUCAUUUGUGCAUCAGUGUCAUUUCUUCUUACCUCCGAAGAAGAUGGGCAUCACCAAUAAAGACAAAGCACUAUCAA